AGCGAAGCAACCAGCGCGGAACAAUCAAUAUGGGAGAUAACAGUGCUGCAGAUGCCGUUAUCACACGCGCCGAGGAAAGGAAGCUUAAAGCAGUGAACGAUCAGGUCCACAAUAGAUAUGUGAAGAUUCUCCGUAAAGAAGUAACCGAAUGUUACCGACGUGAGGGUGUAAAUCACGAGGAGAAGUGUAAGGACCUCGUGGAGGCCUAUUGGCAAGCAUACAAAGGCAGACAACCGAAAGGGCCUCCCGAGGACAAGUGAGCGCAUAUCGCCGUUCUCGUCACGCAUAGCUGUGCUCGCCCUGGCGGGUAUCAGGAUUUAAAAUUAAAAUGGUGAUGCAACCUCGAGC